AUGCUGGUGUGGCAGUGCACUACUGUAUUGUAUGACUGUUCCACUAAACGAGUAGAACAAUUGUGCCUUGUCGUUCAUGUUCCAGAAGUAGAAUGUCCUGGUCAUACCCUACCGGAGCCAACCCCAAAUGUAGAAAAUGGUCAAAAUCCCGUCAAACACCUAGAAUCACCUCGAGCUCAAAUCUACCGACUACGUCACAGAUUUGAGAAAUGGCCCACGCCAGCUGAGAUUAUCCUCCACAAACUUUCGCCACGCCUCAACCCGGCGCUUACGCAUGAGUCAAUCUAUAACGGUCACUGCGAACUUCCUGCCGACCUCACUUACUAUCGGUAUUACUAA